UCUGCGGCCACAGAUACAGGAUUCAAGACAGUUGCGCGCAAACAUUUUCGUAGCUAAUUUAAUGGGCUUAAACUUCGAAAACGUUCUCAAAACAGAGAAAUAAUGAAGAAAGAAGGCGCUAUUAAAACCAAGGAAUAUCCCUGCAGCAGGUGUUUGAGCUAUGGUGUUGAGGCAGAGGAGAACAAGGUAGCUGUCAACUGAACAUUAUCGUCGUGCGCAAUUACAAAUUACCCGUACGCAAUAAUGAUGUUUGUAACUUCAUUCACUCAAUUAUACUAAAAGUGACUGGUAAUUGGUCAAUUCUGUGGAUAUUAAGUAAAAUAACAUUUGUUUUUAAGAAAAUAGUUUCAGAGUUAAAUAGAGAUUAACCUCAUCAAGAUGGUACGUUUAUAAAUCCGGAGGAGUUGUCGAGCCGCAGUUAUGGCGGUGGAAAGGACACUGAUUGCCGCAAGGCAGGGGGAUGUACAAACUCUGAAAGUGCAAUUAGAGGAGAAAGAACUGAACAGCGGCGUAAAGGACCUUCUGGGAGCCUCACCUGUCCACUAUGCCGCCCGUGCUGGAAAACUGAAUUGCCUACGUUUCCUCGUGGAAGAAGUGGGUUUACCGGGCAACAGUCUUGCGAAUAAUGGCGCCAGCCCCGCACACGACGCUGCUGCCACUGGCAACCUAUCCUGCUUACAGUGGCUAUUAACUCAAGGUGGAUGUCAUACUGUGGACCGGGAUAGGUCUGGCGCCACCGUUCUCCACCUCUCCUCACGGUUCAGCCAUCACGAGAUCACUGAUUGGCUGCUGAAGAGCGGGGAGGCUGAUGCCGGGGUGUCCACGGAGACUGGGGCCCUGCCUGUCCACUAUGCUGCUGCCAAGGGAGACCUGCUCUCCCUCCGACUCCUGUUGGGACACAUCCCAAACGUUGUCAAUUCCCAAACAAAGAAUGGUGCCACACCCCUCUACCUGGCCUGCCAGGAGGGUCACCUGGAGGUCGUCCAAUACCUGGUGAAGGACUGCGGGGCGGAGCCGAGCAUCAGAGCCAAUGACGGGAUGACACCUCUGCAUGCUGCCGCCCAAAUGGGCCAUAACACUGUCAUAGUCUGGCUGAUGAGCUUCACAGAGAUCAGCCUGUCAGACCAGGGCGGUGACGGUGCCACGGCCAUGCACUUUGCCGCCAGCCGCGGCCAUGCCAAGGUGCUCAGCUGGCUGCUACUGCACGGCGGCGAGAUCAUCACCGACAGCUGGGGUGGAACGCCGCUACACGACGCUGCCGAGAACGGGGAGCUGGAGUGCUGUCAGAUCCUGGUGGUGAAUGGGGUGGACCUGGGCAUACGGGACCAGGACGGCUUCUCGUCAGCCGACCUGGCAGAGUACAACGGGCACGCCCAGUGUGCCAAGUACCUGCGCACUGUUGAGAACAUGAGUGUGGAGCACCGUGUGCUUUCCAGGGACCCAUCAGCCGACCUGGAGUACAGCAAGCAGCCCGACUCGGGCCUGUCGUCCCCCAACAACACGAUGCUCCUGGCGGGGUCGGGGCAGGCCCAGCAACCGGCCCACUUCGACAUGUGCUCGCCCUCCAGCACCCUGUCCAACUACGACUCAGCCAGCUCCAGCCAGUGUAGCACGGGAGAAAAGCGGAGCGGCUCGCCCCCCUCAUCACGAGCCCCCGCCGGCGGAGGCCCAGCGGAGUCAGCCAUCAAUGACAUGCAGACCUACAUUGAUAUGCUCAACCCUGACGUGAGGGCUCAGCCGCCUCCCCCACCCCCUCUCCCUGACUCCCCCUCCCAACCGCUCCUGCCUCCCCCCGGAUACCCACCGCCACAGCCCCCUGCGGACUCCGCCGAUAUCUAUCUGAAGGUGAAGAGCAACCUGAGGCAUGUGGAGGAGAAGCAACUGACUCCAGAAGAGAACCACGAUAGGCUGCGCCGGGUGGACUCCAACAGAAAGUCUCGGAACUUCAACAAGCAGCCCAGCACGGGGGACUACUACAAAGCCCUGGGUAGCGACGGGGUCGACCAUCGUGGGAGCCGAACCAUGGCGCAUAACAAGGAGGGUUCUGUGUUAUUGGAGGAGUCAGCCGACAGCCCCGCCCCCAGCCCAGAGAACCGCACCACCGAAGAGUUGCCCCUCCCUCUGCCUCCUCCCCUGCCCCCCCUCCCCAUCAGCAAUCCCACCCGGGCACUCCCUCCUCCCCCGCCGCUGCCUUCAGAAAUGCCCACCUACCAGUACAGCCCUUCCUCAAGCACCAACCAGCGACGCCCCUCCUCUUCAGGAAGCAACAAAUCCUUCAACAUGAUGUCCGCCACCGGAGACAACUCGGAGCUGCUGGCUGAAAUAAAAGCGGGGAAGAACCUGAAGCCCACACCACACAGUAAAGGCUACACAACCGUCUUCUCCCACAGCGGCCUGGCGGGCAAUAACGGUGAGAGCCCCACAUCACCGCCCCAGACCCGCACAGUCAGCCCGUCCUCAGCCAAGCCCACGUCUCCGCCCCCCGCCGCCAGUGCCAGCGCCACCUCCCCACCCAUCACCCCCAGCCCUGUGGGCAACAGCACGCCCCGGACCCUCUCCACCUCCAAGAGCAGCGAGCAGCUCCUCAAUGGGAACGGCAGCGGGGCAGCGUCGGCAUCAAGCCUGAUGGGACAGACCCGGAAGGGUAGCCUGGCGGACGUGGAGGCCCUAGUGCCCACACACGACGAGCAGGGCCGAGCCAUCCCUGAAUGGAAAAGGCAGGUGAUGGUGCGCAAGCUCCAUGUGAAGAUGCAGGAGGAGGAUGAACACAAGCGCAAGGUGGAUGAGGAGGUGGCCCGUGUGGCGUCCAUGCCAGCGUGGCGGAGGGACAUCAUGAAGAAAAAGCUUGAUGAAGAGAAGGAGCAAGAAAGAAAAGAGGAGGAGCGAGCAAAAAAGGAGAAGGAGAGCGAGGAGAAGACCGAGCAAGAGCGACUAAGGACCAUGGGUUACGACGAGAGCAAGUUGGCGCCAUGGCAACGGCAGAUCAUUCUGAAGAAAGGGGACAUAGCGAAACAGUAGAUGGCACCCCCAUUUCCUAGCCCCCUCCAACUGCCUCCCCGUCCAACCCUCUGCACCAUCGCUGUCAACCAACCAACCAGCCCCCAACCCAACUACUACCAAUAUCCGCUCCCAAAUCCCCUCCCAUACCCAACCCUCACCCCACCCCCUUCACACCCCACGCCAACCAAUCCCCACCAACCAGUUUUCCACUAGGUAACACAACCACGAAGUCAGAUUCCACAGCCACAAAGGCAAAAUUAGCUACAAAAAUUUGCUUUUUGGUCUUAAAUUAAGGUUAGGCAUAAGGUUAGCAGUGUGAUUAGGGUUAUGUUUCAAAUAAAAGUUAAAUUAGAGAAAUUGUAGAAAUGGGCAGGGUUUAGCCAUAAUUAUGAUUUUGUGGCUGUGUUAACUAGUGACGACCCACCAACCAGGACCAUGCCACCUCCCAACAUGCUUUAAAGCUCUGCCAUCCUGAAAUGGUGUGGCCGCAUCAAGGUCCUGUGGACAAAAACUGUACGUAUCGCAACGUUAGCGGUGUCUGAUUCAAAGGACUACAUUAACACGUUGAAUAGAUGCUCCUACCCCUUUUUGUCCUGUCAAAACAGUGGCUAAAAACUGUACGUAUCCCAACUGUAUGAAGACCCUUAUUCUUGAAUCAUAUACGCUAGCUUUGCUUUACUUUACUUCACAUUAUUUAACAUGACUCUUUGUAGGAAAUUCCCACACAAUACCAUACAUUUGCACAACCUUGCUCAAUGUUGAUCUGUUGGUCUGUCUUGUUGGGCAUUGUGGGAAAAGUUGUCAUUGCUAUAGGUCCAGCCGUUUUUCCUAAAUAGAAAAAAUGUCCACGAUCUGUUAUCAAUGCAUUUGCUUUACCCACACUUACAUUGAUAAUUGAGGUCUAAAACUAAACUGUUGUAGGCUACUGUAUGUUUGCUUUUAGGAUUGAAAGUGUCAUGGUUAACAUAAUAAGCAAUGGCAUUUUGAUACUGUAUAUAUCAUCUCCAUGUAUUGCACAAAGACCUAUACAGAAUCAGGCCAUUCUACUUAAUGAUGCUAUUUUUCAGUGAGCCCAUCUGAACUGCCAGAGAAAUUAUUGAAACAGAAUUGAUAAAGUCCCUCCUGUACCUGUUUAUUAUUUUUCAGUGUACAUGAAUAUCAAAUGGUUUUUAACUGCAACCAUAACUGUAAUUUAAAAUGGGAUUAUUAAUAUUGUUAGUUGUGGAAAACUUAAUUAAAGUAAUAAAUAAUAACGCUGAACAAAAAUAUAAACGCAACAUGCAACAAUUUCAACGAUUUUACUGAGUUACAGUUCAUAUAAGG